AAAAAUUUUAUUUGAAAUAACUGUUGAGCUAGUAGCAUUUGUUGAAAUAUUUGAUAAGUUUGUAGUUUCUGAAGAGAUAACUGUUGAACUUAUAUCUUCAAUUGAAUUAGUUGUUAAAUCUAUAAAAUUGUUAUAA